GAAACAGCUGUCUGAAAUGUCAAUUUAUUUUUGUUGUUAAGAAAAAUAAACGUGUUAAAAAUUAAUUUAAUAAAAUAAUAAAGAUGAAAAACGUUAUAAGGAUGAAUAAAUUAACGAUUUUAAUUAAAACGGAAAAGUUAAAAUUAAAUUAUUGAUAGGUAAUUGAGAAUGUUCUAGGGAAUUUCUUGUUAUCUCUCGAAAAUUCCCUGCCUCGUCAAAGCGUUUUUUAUGGCGAACAAGACAGUUCAGCGAAACCAGUGACAUUGACGAAUUUUCGCUUGAUCUCCUUCUAUAAUACACGAAUUCAGGAGUAGAUGAAGGAUAUAUUAUGCCCCGUACUCCCAAAGAGAAGUUUGACAACAAUGGAUCGGGUCGGCGGGUGCACACUAUCAUGUCCCCGGAGGAUCUGGCGGCCGGGAAGAAGUCUUUUUGGACGGAACUCGAGAUAACAGGCACCAUAAGGAAUCUAAGUCCCAAUCUGUUUCAUCUCCAGUACCUUACCGCCCUUUAUUUGAAAAAUAAUCAUCUCCAGAGACUUCCGCCCACCAUAUGUCAGUUAAUUAAUUUGCGUACGCUCGACCUAUCCCAUAAUAAACUGCGCUCGUUGCCCGCCGAACUUGGAGACCUCAUACAUUUAAGUGUAAAUCCAAUUCAACAAACUGCUCGCCCCUCCGCAUAUGUACCUGGAUCCCCGCAUUAUCCCAUUACUACCGGCCACCUGAGCUUCUCGCAUUGUGUACCUCCUUUUAUUAUCCUCUCAAAGAUACAGGAAUUACUUUUGAAUCACAAUUGUUUGAGAAUCCUGCCGUAUGAACUAGGAAAGUUGUUUAACCUGAUUGUACUUGGUUUACAAGGGAACCCCUUGAGUAAGGAUAUAAUGACGCUUUAUACGGAACCUAAUGGAAUACCCAAAUUAUUAACAUUUAUGCUGGAUAAUUUACAAGUUACAACACCUGCUCCACCACAACGACCAUGGAUACCGCUUACACGACCAACGAGAACUCGUCCGACGUGUAUAUUCACAGUGAUGUGUUACAACGUUUUAUGCGACAAAUACGCAACAAGACAAAUGUACAGUUACUGUCCAAGUUGGGCCUUAAAUUGGGAUUAUAGGAAAAAAGGAAUUAUGGAAGAGAUCCGUCAUUAUAGUGCAGAUAUUAUUAAUUUACAAGAAGUCGAAAUGGACCAGUUUUAUAAUUUUUUCUUACCGGAAUUGAAGCAAGAUGGUUACGCCGGGAUUUAUUCGCCUAAAUCCCGUGCUAAAACCAUGGCAGAAAAUGAAAGGAAAUACGUCGACGGUUGCGCCGUGUUUUAUCGCACCUCAAAGUUUACACUUAUUAAGGAACAUUUGGUUGAGUUUAAUCAAUUAGCGAUGGCGAACGCCGACGGUUUAGAACAUAUGUUAAAUAGGGUAAUGCCUAAAGAUAAUAUUGGUUUAGCGGCUUUAUUACAAACAACAGAAGCCGCUUGGGAAAACGCACCACCUGAUUCGAUAAUAGCUCAACAACCAGUUUUAGUUUGUACGGCUCAUAUACAUUGGGACCCGGAAUUUUGCGACGUUAAAUUAAUUCAAACGAUGAUGUUGAGCAACGAGCUGAAGACGAUCUUGGAAAAAUCGGCGGCGACGCUCCGGCUGAAAGAGGCGAACGGCCUGGGCGUAACCGUCGAGCCCCAAAAUAUCCAGCUCGUACUUUGCGGCGAUUUUAAUUCGUUACCCGAUUCGGGUGUUGUCGAAUUUUUAAAUUCCGGGCGGGUAUCUCAAGAUCAUCGAGACUUUAAAGAUUUCAGCUACAAACAGUGUUUGGAAAAGGUGCUUAGUUGUGACAAACCAAACGAAUUUACACAUUCGUUUAAAUUAGCAUCAGCUUAUAGUGAGGAUAUUAUGCCAUUUACUAAUUAUACGUACGAUUUUAAAGGUAUAAUUGAUUAUAUCUUUUAUUCAAAGAAUAGUAUGACUCCGUUGGGUUUACUGGGUCCACACUCGGCCGAGUGGCUUAGGGAGCACAAAAUUGUUGGCUGUCCACAUCCUCAUAUAUUUUCCGAUCAUUUUCCGUUGCUCGUUGAACUCGAAAUGAUACCAACCAUCUCUACGCCAAUGAAUGGAGUUAUUACUCACAGGUAGCAAACAGCUAAAUCUAGUUACUAUUAACCAUAAUCGCCUUCGCCGUGUCGUGUCAUCAACAUCAAAACCAACAACAACCUACGUACCUGGCUCGUAGCGUCUCCAAAAUAAUCGGGGAGAAGUACGUCGAGCGCAGCUUAUAUCUCUUAAUUAACAACAAACAGCAACUGUGACAAAAAGUGCAAACAACAAGCAAGAAAAAAAAACACCUCUAACAGCAACAAAAAAAACAGCAAGUUUUAAGAUUUUCUUUUAAAUAAGUAAAAAAAAAAUAGAUCGAGUAGAAAGGUCGUCUCUCUAUGGAGCAGCCGCUGGAAAAAAAUAACAAUAGUAACAACUAAAUAAUUAAAGGUAGGAUCCCAUAGCCCAUUAAAAAAAUCCUUCUUCUUAUUCUUAAUACGUCGUGUCGUCGUUUCUCUUCUUGCUUUGGAUUGAAAUCGCAGAGCAGUUGUGGUACCUGACAUUUUCGCGAACGAUCGUCGUCUGAAUAGAGAGAGGACUCUUGGUUAAUUAAAUAAUAAUUAAUUUUUGAAAUGUCGGAAAAAACGAAUUCUUUCUACAAAAAGUGCAACAACAUAAUAAAGUUUUAAGGAAAUGAAAUUAAAA